GAGAAAUGCACAAAACUCCACGCAAGAAAUAACUGAGAUCCGAAUCGCUUAUUACAGUUUACAAAAUCCUAAACAAAAGUCAAAAGUCAAAUCUGCCCGCUUCGCCGUCUUCCUCCCUCAUUCGAUUCUCCCCCCCCUCUCUCUCUCUCUCUAUAAAAGUCUCUGCAAAAACCGCCAUUGAUCGAUCUUCAUUCAGUUCAUGACGAAGACGAAGAUCGCAAUCAACACAGAGACGAUUUGAUUACGGGAGAAGUGGGAGAGAGAGGAUGUGUGGUAUAUUCGCGUAUCUGAACUACGACGUCAACAGAGAGAGACGGUACAUUUUGGAAGUUCUCUUUAAUGGCCUGAGGCGUCUGGAGUAUAGAGGCUACGAUUCCGCCGGAAUUUGCAUCGAUUCUUGCUGUUGUCCUUCUCCUUCUCCUGAUUCGAACGGUCCCUCUCGCGAUUUUCUGCGCCCUCUCGUUUUUCGUCAGGAAGGCAAUAUCGAAUCUCUCGUCAAAUCAGUAUACCACGAUGUUGCUGAAAUAGACUUAAAUUUGGAGGAAUCAUUCUCUGUCCAUGCUGGAAUAGCACACACUCGGUGGGCGACCCAUGGCGAGCCAUCUCCAAGAAAUAGUCAUCCCCAGAGCUCUGGUCCAGGAAAUGAGUUCUUGGUUGUUCACAAUGGAGUUAUUACCAAUUAUGAGGUAUUGAAGGAAACACUAGUGCGUCAUGGAUUCAACUUUGAAUCUGAAACAGAUACCGAAGUAAUUCCAAAACUUGCCAAAUUUGUGUUUGACAAAGCAAAUGAAGGAGAAGGUGGCCAGACUGUCACAUUUAGCCAGGUUGUCCUUGAAGUAAUGAGACAUCUUGAAGGAGCUUAUGCUCUUAUUUUCAAGAGCCAGCAUUAUCCAAAUGAAUUGAUCGCUUGCAAACGUGGCAGUCCUUUGCUUCUUGGUGUCAAAGAGCUAACAGGAGAUGAGAGCAGUGGAGCAUCAUUUCAUGAUGUUAAAUUCAUCUCGAAGAAUGGGCAGCCCAAAGAACUCUUCCUGUCAAGUGAUGCAAAUGCACUAGUUGAACACACUAAAAAAGUGCUGGUUAUUGAGGAUGGCGAGGUGGUUCAUCUUAAGGACGGAGGGGUUUCUAUCCUUAAGUACGAUAAUGGCAAGGGAAAACAUGGUGGUUCUGUUGCUAGACCUGCUUCUGUACAGCGGGCAUUGUCUAUUCUUGAGAUGGAGGCUGAGCAAAUUAAUAAAGGAAAAUAUGAGCAUUAUAUGCAGAAAGAAAUUCAUGAGCAGCCAGAGUCUCUAACAACGACAAUGAGAGGGAGGCUUAUACGAGGAGGCUCCUGUAAAGCCAAGACUGUUCUAUUGGGUGGAUUGAAGGAUCACCUCAAAACUAUUAGGAGAAGUAGACGGAUUGUAUUUAUUGGUUGCGGUACAAGUUAUAAUGCCGCUUUAGCUGCAAGACCCAUCUUGGAAGAACUUUCUGGUAUUCCUGUUACGAUGGAGAUUGCCAGUGAUCUUUUGGAUCGGCAGGGUCCUAUUUACAGGGAAGAUACAGCAGUAUUUGUCAGUCAGUCUGGUGAAACUGCCGACACUUUACAUGCACUAGAAUAUGCUUUAGAGAAUGGUGCACUCUGUGUUGGCAUAACAAAUACUGUUGGUAGUGCAAUAGCCAGGAAUACACACUGUGGUGUUCAUAUAAAUGCUGGUUGUGAGAUAGGUGUGGCAAGUACCAAGGCAUAUACAAGUCAAAUCGUGGUGAUGGCUAUGCUAGCCCUGGCAAUUGGGGAUGACACUAUUUCUAGUCAAGAAAGGCGAGAGGCCAUAAUAGAUGGUCUAUUUGACUUGCCAAACAGAGUAAGAGAAGUGCUGAAGCUUGACCAAGAGAUGAAAGAUCUUGCUAAAAUGUUGAUUGCCGAGCAGUCACUUCUAGUGUUUGGAAGGGGGUAUAACUAUGCCACAGCUUUGGAGGGUGCUUUGAAAGUAAAGGAGGUUGCCCUUAUGCAUAGCGAAGGAAUACUUGCAGGUGAAAUGAAACAUGGUCCUUUGGCUCUAGUUGAUGAAAAUCUCCCAAUUGUGGUUAUCGCUACCCAUGAUGCGAACUUCAGCAAGCAGCAGUCAGUUAUCCAGCAGCUUCAUGCCCGCAGAGGUCGUCUCAUAGUAAUGUGUUCGAAGGGAGAGGCAGCAUCUGUAUCACUUGGGGGAGCCUGUCGAGUAAUUGAGGUUCCACAGGUUCAGGACUGUCUUCAGCCAGUGAUCAACGUUGUUCCAUUACAGUUGUUGGCAUAUCAUCUAACAGUGCAACGGGGCUACAAUGUGGACCAACCUAGAAAUCUUGCAAAGAGCGUGACGACCCAGUGAAGAAUUGUUCUUCUGUAAACCAAUGUUGUACCCUCCACUCCUCUUGGUUUUCUAACUUUCUAACCUCAAAACAAAUCCAGAUGACUCCAGCUUUUGCUUUCUUGUCCAUUAGGGCUCUUUUGUUUGACAAACACUGCACCUACAGGGCAAAUAAUUUCUGAGUUAAAGAUC